AAAUGCGAACGAAGGCGACGGAAUACCAGCAGAAGCGCCUAUAAGACCGAGCAAUCAGCGCCGCCCGAUCAAUCACAGCCGGCCCUCAGAGAAAAACAGGCUGCAAUCUUCGUCCAAGCUUCUCGCAAGGCCGGCCGGCCACCAGCAUCGUAGCCAUGUCGAGCUCCGCCACCGACGGCGCCGCGAACCCGGCCCUGGAGCCGGACGCGGACGCGCCGGCGGGGGGAGGCCUGGCGCUGGCGCAGUUCGCGGCGGGUUGCUUCUGGAGCGUGGAGCUGACGUACCAGCGGCUCCCCGGCGUGGCGCGCACGGAGGUGGGCUACUCGCAGGGCCACCUCCACGCGCCCACGUACGAGCUCGUCUGCGCCCACGGCACGGGCCACGCCGAGGUGGUGCGCCUGCACUAUGACCCCGCAGCGUGCCCCUACGCCGCGCUCCUCGACGCGUUCUGGGCCAAGAUCGACCCCACCACGCUCAACAGGCAGGGCAAGGACGUCGGGACGCAGUACCGGACGGGGAUCUACUACUACACGGCGGAGCAGGAGAGGCUGGCGCGGGAGUCGCUGGCGGAGCAGCGGAACAAGUGGGAGGGCGAGAUCGUCACCGAGAUCCUGCCGGCGAAGCGGUUCUACCCCGCCGAGGAGUACCACCAGCGCUACCUCGAGAAGGGCGGCCAGUCCGCCGCCAAGGGCUGCACCGACCCCAUGCGCUGCUACGGCUGACGCCGCGCGCCGCCCGCCGCCCGCCGGUGGCCGUCCGUCCGACCGACGACUCCGCUAGCUAGUUGGGUGAAGCCGAUUAUCCGCCGUCCGUGUAUGCAUGUCAGGGUAAAAUAAUAAGGAAGAUACCGUGCUGUGUUCUAUGUGCUACUUGGGAAUAAACGCAACCUGGCAACCCCAACACUGUAAGAAGAAGAAACGAACUCCAAAUACCAGCCAGAACACCAGUGCGUGUUUGAUUCGACCA